GAUCUUGUUGAGGAACAAGAUGCUAAAACCACUUGCAAGCCUGACAAACAUGCUGCUGAACUUGUGAAAACAUUUGAUGAGUCCAUGUCAAAAGUAUUAGAUUGGUUUAAAAGAAGUUCUGGUGCUGGGGAUAGGAAACCUAGGUCAGCAAGAUUGCAAGGCAGGGAACCCAAAGAGGACGUGGACUUCUCAACCAGAACAGCAGUUCUUACUACAGAACAUAGUGGGCCUAGCAUGAAUGGAAAAACACAAGUUAUGGAAGAGUUACUAUUUGGAAAGACUGAAAAACUGAAGAGUGUUUCACCUCCAGCAUGUAUUUUGGAAGACACACAGAUGAUAAAAGAGAGGAGGAAACCUAAGCAAGGGGAAAAGAAUGAGAAAGAAAAUGACAAAUCACUAACUGAAUUUGACUCUAGAAGAGCUGAAGAAAAAGAAUCUGGUCAAGAAAUCAUGCAACAAAAUCAAAAAUCAAGCCUCUUGGAACAUCAAGAAUACAAGCAACCACCUCAGAGUUGUGAAUCAGAGAAGGCACUCAGAGAAAAAAGAAGUAUAAGGGAGAUUAGAGCAUUCUGGGAAAGGGAAAAAACUAUCCCCAGUCAUGGAGAGAAAGAAGCUAGUGUCAGUAUUAAUGGAUCAGAUGGCAGCAUGUUAAAAGGCCUCAGAGAAAGUGACAAAAUAAAACCCACUGCAGUAUACUUACCUAAUGGAUUGGAUGAUCAAAGCAACAGUAUGUUACAAAGAAGUGAACUAAGUAAUGAAAGCCAGGCUUUAAGAAAUGAACACCAAAACUCUUUUGAGUUUGAGCCAGGGCAUGCAGCUGAAAAACUAGAAAGAACACUUCCAUCUGAUGGUGAAGUUCCUGAAUGUGCAAAACUGCCAAAAGUCAAUAACUUACAGCCAAGAGUUCGUGUGACUUCAUCCUCCCCAGAAAGCAAAUAUAAAGAUGAGAAAGAAAUGUUUCAAAGAAAAGGUGUUUCUUGUUCCCAGGAGAAGCCCAACUUCAAGGUUUUGUCUUUAAAAGAAAAAAUGAAUGAAAAGUCCAAGAAUCACAUUUCAAAUCCUUCACAGUUUCAGAGUUUGAGAAAAUUCUGGGAUACUGGAGUGAAAUUACAAAGUAGCACUGAGGGACACGUUUCUUUGCGAAAUAAUACUGGUUCAAUAACCUACCAAAGAGAAUCAAAGGAAGAUAAAAAAGGCAGAGGUAACCUGAGCAAACAAGAGUUAAUUCAAGAACAAACCCAAGCAUCUGAGAGAGAAAAAACAGAGAAAUUAGGUUCUGCAGUAUGUAAACUGCCAUUAGAAUCUCCUACCCUUAAAGGUCUGAAUUUGACACAAACAAAAAAUACAAAUUCUAUCCAAGUGGUCAGAAAAGCAUUUAUCUCAAAACCCAAAGAAAAGGUGGGUGUUCCAAAGCAAGAAGCUAAAGAAUAUUUAGAAAAAAAUAUUGUUUCAACAAAAGAACAUCAGAACACAUUUAAUUCUCAUUUACAGAAACUGCCUCAGGUUUCCUUGCAGCUGUUCCAAUCACCUGAUGAUAAAGAUGCCUUAAAACAGGAGGUGGCAGUAGAUGGUCAGCUAUGUUUAUCUAUAGAAACAGGGGAGAAGAUGACUAUUCCAUCAGAUGUUGAUCUUCCUAAAGAGCCAGUCGAAAGUACGACCUAUCAGCGUGAUGCGGAGUCACCUCGGGAAGUCAGCGAGACCAUAGAAAGGUCAGUCGCUCCAUCCAAGUCCAGUGGAUUCAGUUCUGCUUGGGAGAAGCUGCUGAAGGAGGCCCCUGAAACCUCACCUCCUGCACCAAGGAGUUCAGACAGUGCAGAACCUAGGUCACACUUUCAACUGGCAUCUCAGCAAUCCUAUCAGCGUGAUGCGGAGUCACCUCGGGAAGUCAGCGAGACCAUAGAAAGGUCAGUCGCUCCGUCCAAGUCCAGUGGAUUCAGUUCUGCUUGGGAGAAGCUGCUGAGGGAGGCCCCUGAAACCUCACCUCCUGCACCAAGGAGUUCAGACAGUGCAGAACCUAGGACUGCUGAGAUGCCAGUUGAAAGUACGACCUAUCAGCGUGAUGCGGAGUCACCUCGGGAAGUCGACGAGACCAUAGAAAGGUCAGUCGCUCCGUCCAAGUCCAGUGGAUUCAGUUCUGCUUGGGAGAAGCUGCUGAAGGAGGCCCCUGAAACCUCACCUCCUGCACCAAGGAGUUCAGACAGUGCAGAACCUAGGUCACACUUUCAACUGGCAUCUCAGCAAUCCUAUCAGCGUGAUGCGGAGUCACCUCGGGAAGUCAGCGAGACCAUAGAAAGGUCAGUCGCUCCGUCCAAGUCCAGUGGAUUCAGUUCUGCUUGGGAGAAGCUGCUGAGGGAGGCCCCUGAAACCUCACCUCCUGCACCAAGGAGUUCAGACAGUGCAGAACCUAGGACUGCUGAGAUGCCAGUUGAAAGUACGACCUAUCAGCGUGAUGCGGAGUCACCUCGGGAAGUCGACGAGACCAUAGAAAGGUCAGUCGCUCCGUCCAAGUCCAGUGGAUUCAGUUCUGCUUGGGAGAAGCUGCUGAAGGAGGCCCCUGAAACCUCACCUCCUGCACCAAAGAGUUCAGACAGUGCAGAACCUAGGACUGCUGAGAUGCCAGUUGAAAGUACGACCUAUCAGCGUGAUGCAGAGUCACCUCGGGAAGUCAGCGAGACCAUAGAAAGGUCAGUCGCUCCGUCCAAGUCCAGUGGAUUCAGUUCUGCUUGGGAGAAGCUGCUGAGGGAGGCCCCUGAAACCUCACCUCCUGCACCAAGGAGUUCAGACAGUGCAGAACCUACGUCGCACUUUCAACUGGCAUCUCAGCAAUCCUAUCAGCGUGAUGCGGAGUCACCUCGGGAAGUCGACGAGACCAUAGAAAGGUCAGUCGCUCCCUCCAAGUCCAGUGGAUUCAGUUCUGCUUGGGAGAAGCUGCUGAAGGAGGCCCCUGAAACCUCACCUCCUGCACCAAAGAGUUCAGACAGUGCAGAACCUAGGACUGCUGAGAUGCCAGUUGAAAGUACGACCUAUCAGCGUGAUGCAGAGUCACCUCGGGAAGUCAGCGAGACCAUAGAAAGGUCAGUCGCUCCAUCCAAGUCCAGUGGAUUCAGUUCUGCUUGGGAGAAGCUGCUGAAGGAGGCCCCUGAAACCUCACCUCCUGCACCAAAGAGUUCAGACAGUGCAGAACCUAGGACUGCUGAGAUGCCAGUUGAAAGUACGACCUAUCAGCGUGAUGCAGAGUCACCUCGGGAAGUCAGCGAGACCAUAGAAAGGUCAGUCGCUCCAUCCAAGUCCAAUGGAUUCAGUUCUGCUUGGGAGAAGCUGCUGAAGGAGGCCCCUGAAACCUCACCUCUUGCACCAAAGAGUUCAGACAGUGCAGAACCUAGGUCACACUUUCAACUGGCAUCUCAGCAAUGCUAUCAGCGUGAUGCGGAGUCACCUCGGGAAGUCAGCGAGACCAUAGAAAGGUCAGUCACUCCAUCCAAGUCCAGUGGAUUCAGUUCUGCUUGGGAGAAGCUGCUGAAGGAGGCCCCUGAAACCUCACCUCCUGCACCAAGGAGUUCAGACAGUGCAGAACCUAGGACUGCUGAGAUGCCAGUUGAAAGUACGACCUAUCAGCGUGAUGCGGAGUCACCUCGGGAAGUCAGCGAGACCAUAGAAAGGUCAGUCGCUCCAUCCAAGUCCAGUGGAUUCAGUUCUGCUUGGGAGAAGCUGCUGAGGGAGGCCCCUGAAACCUCACCUCCUGCACCAAGGAGUUCAGACAGUGCAGAACCUACGUCGCACUUUCAACUGGCAUCUCAGCAAUCCUAUCAGCGUGAUGCGGAGUCACCUCGGGAAGUCAGCGAGACCACAGAAAGGUCAGUCGCUCCGUCCAAGUCCAGUGGAUUCAGUUCUGCUUGGGAGAAGCUGCUGAGGGAGGCCCCUGAAACCUCACCUCCUGCACCAAGGAGUUCAGACAGUGCAGAACCUAGGACUGCUGAGAUGCCAGUUGAAAGUACGACCUAUCAGCAUGAUGCGGAGUCACCUCGGGAAGUCGACGAGACCAUAGAAAGGUCAGUCGCUCCAUCCACGUCCAGUGGAUUCAGUUCUGCUUGGGAGAAGCUGCUGAAGGAGGCCCCUGAAACCUCACCUCCUGCACCAAAGAGUUCAGACAGUGCAGAACCUAGGACUGCUGAGAUGCCAGUUGAAAGUACGACCUAUCAGCGUGAUGCAGAGUCACCUUGGGAAGUCAGCGAGACCAUAGAAAGGUCAGUCGCUCCAUCCAAGUCCAAUGGAUUCAGUUCUGCUUGGGAGAAGCUGCUGAAGGAGGCCCCUGAAACCUCACCUCUUGCACCAAAGAGUUCAGACAGUGCAGAACCUAGGUCACACUUUCAACUGGCAUCUCAGCAAUGCUAUCAGCGUGAUGCGGAGUCACCUCGGGAAGUCAGCGAGACCAUAGAAAGGUCAGUCGCUCCAUCCAAGUCCAGUGGAUUCAGUUCUGCUUGGGAGAAGCUGCUGAAGGAGGCCCCUGAAACCUCACCUCCUGCACCAAGGAGUUCAGACAGUGCAGAACCUAGGACUGCUGAGAUGCCAGUUGAAAGUACGACCUAUCAGCGUGAUGCAGAGUCACCUCGGGAAGUCAGCGAGACCAUAGAAAGGUCAGUCGCUCCGUCCAAGUCCAGUGGAUUCAGUUCUGCUUGGGAGAAGCUGCUGAGGGAGGCCCCUGAAACCUCACCUCCUGCACCAAGGAGUUCAGACAGUGCAGAACCUAGGACUGCUGAGAUGCCAGUGGAAAGUACGACCUAUCAGCGUGAUGCAGAGUCACCUCGGGAAGUCAGCGAGACCAUAGAAAGGUCUCUUGCUCCAUCCAAAGCUGAAUAUGAAUUAUUUAAUAUUAAUUUGCAGAAGCUUCUGAAAGAGGUCUCUGAAAUGGCAGCUCCUAUGCUGAAAAAUAUGGAUAAGAUAAUGCAAGAUAAAAUGCAGACUAGGCAAAGUAUAUGUGUUCCAUAUCAGCAAGAAAAAGAUCAUCCUCAAGAAACAGAAGAAACAAUCAAAACAUCUUUUGCUUCAACUCAUACAAACUUCAGUGAAGUCAGUAGUUCCCUAGAAAAGCUUAUUAAGGAGGCAUCUGAAAAUUCAUCUCCAGUAUCCAAACAGUUACAUGUACAAGGAAAGUUUCAGGAUCCUAUGUCUCCAUCAAAAAAGGAUACUCUGUCCAUGACAAUGCCACAGCCUUAUUAUAAUGCUUUAAGUAACUAUCAUACAGAGGUGAAAAUAGGUAUCAAGAGGGAAACUUUGGAACAAAAUGGCAAAGCUUCAGUAGUUGAUCAUGUAGUAAAUGAAGUUGAAGCUUCUGAUCUCCCUAAAAGAAAUGUUACACUUCAUAAAAGGGAACAGAGAAAUAUGGCUCCAACAUAUGUUCCCCCAUUGGAAAGAGAGACCAAGACAAUUACAAUCAAGUUGUUCAAGAUGAAUGAAACAAUAAAAACAGGCGAAAGCACAUCCUUGGUUGCUUCUGAAAAUAAUUCAGAAUUAAAAGCACCAUUGAAAUUCAGAAGAGCAAGCACACCUCUUAAAGACGAGAGUAGUUCCCCCCAGCAAGAAGCAACACAACUCUGCCUAACAUCUCAUCAUGACAAUGAAGAGAAAGGUGACAGCUCAAGCUUGGGAUCUGAGUUUUCAGAUGAAAAUUCAGAUCUCCACUCUGGAACCAGAAGUUCAACUCGUUCAGAAGAAGAAUUAAACCCUGUUUUGAUGGCUUUGAAAAGGAGUGCAGAUAGGAAAAUGCCUUCCAAAAGUCUAGAGGACAUUCCAUCAGCCACCUCAAAUGAAGGAAAAAUAAAUAUUCCAAAGGAAGAAUUAGCUCUUAGUGCUGAAGAUGAUCUGGAACCUGAUCAGCAUCAAGAGAGGAAUGAAAAUGCAGCAGGAAUUUCCACAGUGCCUUCACAGCCCGAUAAGCUCUUUUUGAAUCCUGAAAAACUCAAAGGACUGAGCAAGUCAGUACCAUCGUUCCUACAGGAAGAGAGUGAUGACAGAGAGACAGAUACAGCGUCAGAAAGCAGUUAUUCCUUUGGCAGAAUCAAGAAGAGUCCCAGCUCUCUAACCAAUCUUAGCGGCUCUUCUGGCAUGGCCUCCUUAUCCUCUGUGAGCGGAAGUCUAAUGAGCAUCUAUAGUGGAGAUUUUGGCAAUGUGGAUGUGAAGGGGAACAUUCAGUUUGCUAUUGAUUAUGUAGAACAGCUGAACGAGCUCCACAUUUUUAUUUGCCAAUGUAAAGACUUGGCAGUGGCAGAUGUUAAGCAACAGCGUUCAGACCCGUAUGUAAAGACUUACCUGCUUCCAGAAAAAUACAAGCUGGGCAAACGGAAGACCUCUGUGAAAAAGAAAACUUUCAAUCCAGUCUAUAAUGAAAUACUGCGGUAUAAAAUUGAGAAGGCUGUCCUAAAGAACCAAAGGCUCAAUAUCUCCGUCUGGCACAAUGAUACCUUUGGGAGGAAUAGUUUCCUUGGUGAAGUGGAGCUAGAUUUAGGAACCUGGGACUGGAAUGGUAAAAUAAACAAGCAGAUCAACUGGUUUCCACUUAAGCCAAGGGCUUCAGCAAUGGCUCUUGAACUAGAAAACAGAGGGGAGAUGAAACUAGCCCUCCAGUAUGUUCCACAGCCUGUUGGAGGAAAAAAGACUCCAUCCACCGGUGAGGUCCACAUCUGGGUGAAGGAAUGCCAUGACCUUCCUCUUCGGAGGGGCAACAGGCUCAACUCUUUUAUUAAGUGUACCAUUCUUCCAGAUACUAGCAGGAAAAGUCGCCAGAAAACAAGAACAGUGGCAAAAACUACAAACCCAGUAUUCAACCACACCAUGGUCUAUGAUGGCUUUAGGCCAGAAGACUUGAGAGAAGCCUGCGUAGAACUCACGGUCUGGGAUCACAACAAACUAGCCAACCACUUUUUGGGAGGUCUCAGGAUAGGCCUUGGAACAGGCAAAAGCUAUGGAACUACAGUAGAUUGGAUGGAUUCUACUUCAGCUGAAACUGCCCUGUGGGAGAAGAUGAUGAACUCGCCAAACACAUGGAUAGAAGAUACACUACCUCUCAGGAUGCUAAUGGUUGCAAAAUUGACAAAAUAAAGUGGCUUUUUAAUUGCUAGUGCCAAAAAGAAACCUUGGGAAUAAAAUUAAAGGGAGGGGGGAGAAACUUGGAAGAGGAACACAGUAGCUCUUUUGAUGGUGUCUGUUCUCUUGCUGUUUUGUGCUAUCAAAUGUCACUUCAUAUUUCAAAUUAAACUGCCGCCUGCAAGAUUAUUAUGUAAAUUUAAGGAGUUCUCUUAUUUUUUUAAUUUACUGAAAAUGAAUUCAAGUAAGAAUGCACUUACAGAAUUCAGUACAAAGGUAGCUGUGAUAUUUGGAUGCUUGUAUUGCAUGGAUGCCUAAAUGAAGUGUUUCUGAUUCCUUGAUCUAAAUUGCCAGCAAAAAAGGAAGGGCAGCUCUUUCUGCACAUCACUAGGAUUGUUUGUGAGGUGUUAUUAAUAUGAUAGCAAAAGAUUGGGUUUUGUUCAUGCUCAUUAGUGUGAGUACACAGCUGAGUCCUCUUUAAUGCUAUGUCAGAUCUCUCCAGCAUGGAUUAUGAGUGUGCAGAAUUCAUAAAAAAAAAAACCAAAAACUUUACCUGUAUUUCUAGGAUGUGAAAUUAUUUCUAUAUUUUCUUGGAAAUUUUAUAUUUCUAGGAUGUGAAAGUACCUUCCAUGAUGAGAGAAACAUUCUGUGAAGUGGUACUGUUGAUGUUUUGUCCUGCAAGGUGCAGAGGACUGUUAAUUCCAAUGAACAAUCAGGGUCACAAAAAGUCUGCUUAUAUAUGUAUUAAUCACCUUGCUAGUAUACUAACCUUAUUCUUAAAUGCUGAAGGCCUUGAGGUCAGUUUUUUUGUCUAAAGCAUCUAAAAUUGCCAGUUUUAAUGAUGAAAAUAUGUUGGCUAUUUAUUUUGUAAAGCAUAUUCAUUAUCUGUACCUGUAUCUGUUGGCUUGUUUUUUGCAAAAAGUAAUUUAUCUGUACUUUAGCGCCACCGUUAGGAGAUUGCUGGGAUUCCGGCAGUCCUGGUUUAGAUAGCUUUGUAGCGUAUGAAAUAGGACUGGAAUUUGUCACCUGCAGAAACACAUGCCAGCAACAAAAGCUAAAUGCAUAAAAACCAAAAUGUAUUACAUUGUUUUGGAUUUCUUUUGUUUUUGUUUUUUUUUUUUAAAUAAAAGCAGUCUAUUAAAGCUA